GGCCGGCUGCACUAGUAUCGAGGACACACCUCAACCGAGCCCAGUCACUUGCCGGACGCCCCAGCAGACUGUGUUGCUGUUGUGGUCGGAGACGUCAACGUACUGUAAGGUCGAGUGGAGAGUGUGACGUCACGAUGAGAGGCUCCUUUGCGUGUGGUGUAGCCCCCUUGCUGCUGACUCUUAUCCUGGCUCCCGCUGCUACAACUACCUUUUUCUCGUUACCGUCACCCUGGGGGUACAGGUGUGAUGUUGGCAGAUGUAUUAAAGAAGAUAACACAGGUGUGGAGGACCUGGUGACUCUUAACACGUGUAAACUGACUUGCGGCCCCUUCGGCGUACUGUGGCCCCAACCUAAAUCAGCCACUGUAGGUAAAGAAGUGGUUCAGUUCCUCCCCAGCAAUAUCACUCACAAGACUAGCUGCGCACCGGCUGUGUGUGAACUGUUGGAGCAGGCGGUAGUGAUCUUCAAGGAUAAUUUGCAGCGGUACCAUCCAGACUAUGCUGCAGGGUUGACGCCAUGGAAGGGCCCAUGGGGCCCGGCCACGGUGGGUCACACUCUCAAUCUCGACGUGACGGUGAACACCGAUGCGACACGUCUUUCUCUGGAAACAGAUGAGUCCUACAGUUUGUCUGUAUCCACUACUGGACAAACUACUACAGCGAUCAUCAUCACAGCGACCUACUUCGGUGCCCGUCAUGCCCUCGAGACCUUGUCGCAGCUUGUGGAGUACCAGGAGUACCAAGACUCACUCAUGAUCGUCAGUACUGCUGAAGUCAGUGACUCCCCGGUCUUCAAAUAUCGUGGCUUAAUUCUUGACACUUCCCGCAACUUCAUUGGUGUGGAAGCCAUUGAACGGACACUAGACACCAUGGCGGCCAACAAACUCAACAGUUUCCAUUGGCACAUCACCGACAGCCAUUCCUUCCCGCUCUACCUGGAGAGUCUACCCAAGAUGUCCUACUAUGGCGCCUACUCCUCUCGUCACGUUUACUACCCAGCCGACAUCAGGCACCUGGUAGAGUACGGUCGGGUGCGAGGCGUUCGUGUGCUGCCGGAAUUUGAUGCUCCUGCUCAUGUUGGCAACGGGUGGCAGUGGACCGAGAAGGAGGAGGGCUUGGGCAAGCUUGCCGUCUGCGUCAAUAGGGAGCCAUGGCAGUCGUAUUGUGUGGAGCCUCCCUGUGGACAACUUAACCUGGCUAACCCCAACAUGUACAAGCUUCUGGGCCAGAUUUACGACGAGAUGGUUCAACUCUUUAGUCCACUCGAUUUGUUUCACUACGGAGGAGAUGAGGUGAAUCUGAACUGCUGGAACACUACAGCCGAGAUCGUCGCCUGGAUGACGGAGAACAACAACGGUCUGGACGCGGACGCUUACUACGUACAGUGGGGCACCUUCCAGGAGAGGGCGCGUCAGCUGCUUACCACUGCUAAUGGCGAAAAAGAGGUUACGGGCAUCUUGUGGACGUCCCAUCUGACUGAGGCAGGGCAUGUUGACCGGUUCCUGAACAACUCCCAAUACAUCAUCCAAAUCUGGACUACAGGCGACGACCCUGUUAUCGGAGAACUUCUGAAAAAGAAUUACCGAGUUAUAUUCAGCACUUACGACUCAUGGUACUUGGACUGCGGCAUGGGAGCAUGGGUGGGUGAGGGCAACAACUGGUGCAGCCCCUAUAAGGGUUGGCAGAAAGUUUACGACUUCAGCCCAUAUGAAAUCGCCAUUAAUCAGACGGGCGCAGAUCAGCGUGACCUCAUCAUGGGUGGGGAAGCCGCCCUCUGGACCGAGCAAGUGGACGAUACUGCAGUAGACUCGAAGCUGUGGCCUCGCGGGGCGGCCCUGGCUGAGCGGCUGUGGACCAACCCCAGUGCUAACUGGAAACCCGCUGAGACCCGCUUCAUCCACAAUCGUCAACGCCUGGUGAAAAGAGGAGUAAUGGCCGAGCGGAUCCAACCCGAAUGGUGCCACCAGAACGAAGGCCUCUGUUACUUGUAAAGAGUCGACAGCUACCAUGAUUGAGUCCCCAUCAUUGGUAACCAUCAACAGAAAAUUCAUAAUCAAUUUUACUCAAUAAGGUAAACAAGCUGUCAUCAGGGAAAAGGAGUUUAUUCUGCUGGAAAAUACAUGGAAUGCAUUGAUUUAUACUCCUAUGGUUUACUGAUAACUGAGUGUAGCAAUAUUUAUUACUAAAAACUGGAAUCAAUGAAAAAUAUAAGAAAAUUUACCGUUAUGGUUGCUCCUUUUAAUUCUGUGUUCCAUCACGUGAAAUUUUUAAUCCAAGAAUGGACAUCACCAUUUGCAAAUUUAUUGCCUUAGUGUUUUACAGUUAUUACAGUGACACUUGCCUUACUCUUGUCAACGUAAAUGUAAGAUGUUGUUUGUUAAACGUGAACAAUAAUAUUAUAUGUGGUAAGUUUCUUUAUAUUGAUAGUUACGUAAGCUUUUAGUAAAAUACAUCUGCUGUGAUAUCAUUAAAAUUGUUAUGAUUAUCAAUAAAUAUGUGAAAAUAUA